CACACACACACACACACACACACACACACACACACACACACGCCUCUGUGCUUUGGACGAGCGCGUUCAAGGCGCCCGGGCAGUAAGUGUGACUGGUGAAGCCAUGCGCUCUCUCGCGCUGUGUCUGUCGCUCGCGCUCCUCUGCGCGUUUCUCCGCCGCACCGUCUCCGAGUUCUCCUCCUCCAAAGCAGACCUGGAUGACGAGUUCGGAGAUUACCGGGGCAAAUGGUGCAUCGACGAUCACGGCUUCGUUUACAAUAUCGGCGAGGUCUAUUACCCGGGGCGCACCGCGUGCCCGUGCACCUGCACGGAGGACGGACCGGUGUGCGUGCGACCCAAGUGCCCGCGUAUACACCCGCGCUGCACGCGCAUCAAGUACAAGUCUUGCUGUCCGGUGUGUGAGGCUAUCAGCAAGGUGUGUGUGUACGGAGGCAAAACAUACCGGAUAUUCGAGGAGUUCAGGUUAUCUCGGUGUGAGCGCUGUCGCUGUGAGCCCAGUGGUGAAGUCUACUGCAGCAUAUCGGAUUGUCCGGCUCUGCACUGUGUGAACCCUGUAUACGAACCCAGACACUGUUGCCCUGUGUGUAAGAGCGGUCCAAACUGCUUUGCGGGGAAUCGCAUCAUUCCGGCUGGAGAGCGCGUGGAAGUAGACGAAUCGACUGUCUGUUUCUGUACCUAUAGAGACGGAACCUGGCAAACACACCCGCACGCCACGUGCGAACAGCACCAGCAGCCAGACGAAGACGUGUUCAAGCAGAUGGAGGAGCAGGAGAUAGAGCGAGAGAGGGAGAGAGAAAGGCAGAGAGAGAGAGAGCGCUUGCCCAGGUUGGAUGCUAUCCCAUAAUGGCUCGAGCUUCCACGGCCCGGAGAAAAGCAACCUGCGCUGCACUGAGUGCCAACGCUGACCUCUUCCACCCCCCUCCAGUCUCAAGACAUCCGGUCAAAAACACGUCGCAGACUGCAUUCUUUGAUACGUCUUGCAUUUACGCUCCCAGGAAACGUGGUGUGAAAAUGUUUAGAUCGAUCCAAAGUUUCAAUAAAAUCUGCAAUUAAAGUCAGGUGAAUGCUUACCGAUCAGACCCAUAUGAGACAUGUCCAAGUGGGUGCCCUAAUAUACUCUUGACUUGUUACUAAGCUUUCACUCGCUAGGUCUGUCAGACUCAAGUGACCGGUGUAGGUGAAGAUUAGCUCCGCCCACUUUACAAUAAAAGGUUAGCAAUUUAUAGUGAAGAACGUGGAUGCUGGAAAGUCACCGGUUCUUCAGUCGCUGUAACGUGUGAGACAGAAAUGUGUACUACAUCAUUACAAAGAACCCUGUACGUUUUAAUGACUACAAUGUAACUUGGAAAUUAAUUUGCUGGAUAUUAUAAAUAAAACACUAUAUG